GAACGAUCAGUUCCGCUCGGAACUUCCGCGAGGAAAGUUGCUACACGUGACAUCGUUCCCGCCAGGGUCACCCCGGCUGGCGAUCCGACACCCGCUGACGUCGCGCAGCUGAAAGUGGUCCACACACGAGCAACGCUUCGGUGGCCUCAACGGUAGAAAUCUAGCUCCCACACCGGGCUGCGAUCUACCAGAGCCAACAUGGUGUCCUUCUGGCCUUGGAAGGGUAGCGAAGAUGCUGCCUCGUUCGAGAGAACGCUCAACACUCUUACUGGCAAGAUCAACAGAGCCGCCGCGCGCAAUGACAAACAGAAGCAGCUCUCGCGACGCGCUCGCGUCAUGUGGACGCUGUAUACCGGCUUCGCGUAUAUCCUGGUCGCGGUGGUGCUCACUUUCGUGACGGGCUGGCAGAAUUGGGGUCCCAUUGAGGGAAGUGUGGUGGCUGGCGGGCCUGUCUUGAUCUACGGCAUCCGCUACGCGCUCAUGAGCUACUUCGACUACCGCAUCCGCAACACCGAGGCCUACCUCAAGAAGCUGAACAAGGAACGCGACGCUACCAUCGAGCGCCUCAAGGAAGCCACCAAGUACAACUCGACCCAGCAGUUGCUCGAGAAAUAUGGCGCCUCGCCCAAACAACCCGAGCAGCCACAACAAGGCAACUCUCCCGGUCGCAGAAAGUCCCAAGGCCCUCAGAAGCCAGCGGCGCCGCCAGGUCCCCGGACUGGCAUGCCUCCUCCCCCAACGGCCAACAUCCAGCGACCUCAGCCACAGCAACUCCCGCAUACCCCGCAGAAAGCGCCAUCGAACGUCUCGUCCCCUCAGGGCCCGUCCCCGCCACAGCAACUGCCCCCACCAGAAGCCCCAGGCGCCGAAUUCGCUCCCAACGCAUUCAACACCGGUGCCGUCGACCUAACCAAGCAGUAUACCGCCGACUCCCCCGCUGCCUUCACACAAACCCAUUGGUACGACCGUAUCCUCGACGCUCUCCUCGGCGAAGAUGAAACUCAGGCUAAGAACCGCUUCGUCUUGAUCUGCUCAGAGUGCCGACUCGUCAACGGGCAAGCACCACCUGGCGCCCGCACACUCGAAGAUGUUGGUAGAUGGCGCUGCGGGGGGUGCAGUGCGUGGAACGGGAAGGAGAAGCCGCGUGAAGAUGAUGUUACGAGGCUUGUUAGGGAUUGGGAGGAGGAAAGGAAAGCGAAGGAUGGGCAGGGCGUUGAUGGGGGUGUGAGGGAGAUGGAAGAGGUAGGUGUGGAGGAUGAGAGCGAGGGGGUUGUAGUUGAGGCUGAGGCGGACAGCAGUGGUGAGGAUACACCCCCUCCUAGUCGGAAUACGAGGAGUAAAUCCAAGGGGAGGGGGAAGAAGUAGAGAGGGUAUGGUGGGCAUGGGCGUCUGGGUGUGUCGGAAUGGCAUAAAAAGGCGUGGAAAAGGAGGGGUUAUGUAUACUAAAUAUCGAUAUGGCUUACAGCAUGACAGUAAGCCUUCCUAGAAGAUAUCGAAACACCUGAAGAUUUUGAAUCAUCCGAAC